UCUUUCGUUCCCUAAACCUGCUUUUACGUUGUUUGAAUUGAAGAUAGCUUCCCUUCCUUCACCACGAAAUGGCUAGCGAGGCUCUGAGGAAUUCUUCAUCAAUUUCAGCGUCUCUCUUCCUUAUUCCAUGCUCGCUUAGUCGCUUGCGUUCUUCCAUACACUACCCAGAAGCUGGUUCGCGAAUCAGUCUCUCUCGAAGAACGACGACAAGAAAAUUUCUCGCUGGAACUACCUCAAUUCGUUGCUCAGGAAGUACUAACCAAACCCUGAGGACUUGCAAGAAUUGCAAAACUCAGUUCGACCCCUUACUCAAUCACCCCCAGGCUUGCCGAUUUCACACCGCUCAUUUCGGUGCUUGUGCUCGCAAUGGGGAUUUCAUGGAGGUGUUUGAUCUGUUCAAAAGCAUGCAAAUGUCUAAAACCCUGCCCGACAAGUACACAGUUAUGAGCCUCUUAAGCGUUUGCCCUAAGCUUAACAGUCUGGCAUUAGGAAGUUCUGUUCAUGGAUUUGUCAUAAAGAAUGAAGUCAGGUGUUGUGAUUUAUUUGUGUGCAACGUUCUGAUAGACAUGUAUUCCAAAUGUGGUAGUGUUGGGAGUGCUGUGAAAGUCUUCAAUCAAAUGAGAGAGAGAAAUUUGAUCUCGUGGACUGCUCUAAUUUCAGCACUAGGGAUUCAUGGUUAUGCACAUGAGGCUCUCAAAAGGUUCAGAGAAAUGGAACUCCUUGGAUUCAAGCCUGAUAAGGUUGCUUUUAUUGCUGUGCUUUCAGCUUGCAGACAUGGGGGUUUGGUGGAGGAAGGUUUGGAGUUAUUUCAAUGCAUGAAACAGAUGUAUAGAGUUGAACCCGAGAUGGAUCACUAUGAAUGUGUUGUGGAUUUGCUGAGUAGAUUUGGGCAUCUUCAGGAGGCAGAACAACUUAUCAGCAUGAUGCCUUUCCAGCCAAAUGCUAUCAUAUGGCGUUCUUUCCUUGCUGGUUGCAAUAGAUUUAGCCACACAGAGGAGCAAGUACGGGGAUAGGGAAACAAGUUGGGACCAACCUAAGGUGUUCAACUUUAUCAACAGAGGUGGAUGUAGAUGGCCUCUAAAGCUUAUGGAAUCUGUUUUUUUCCCAGGAACAGUUGACAAACUUGUCUCGUUUUAUUGGUGAUUAUUGAGACAAGAGAAAGAAUUUUGCA